UAUUUAUUCACUGACAGUUCAUUACAGGAGACAGAGCACCCUGGAUAGAAGUGGAAGAACUUCUUAAGUCAGAGAGAAAUUUCCAAGGAGAGUUUCCCCAAGAAAAAUGAGCACCAAGGGCAAAGUUAUUAAAUGCAAAGCAGCCAUCGCCUGGGAAGUAGGCAAGCCCCUUUGCAUAGAAGAGGUUGAGGUAGCUCCCCCUAAGGCUCAUGAAGUUCGAAUUCAGAUAAUUGCCACUGCCCUGUGUCAUACUGACGCCCAUGUUAUCCAUCCUAAAUUUACGGAGGCUAUUUUCCCGGUGGUCCUAGGCCAUGAGGCUGCAGGAAUUGUGGAAAGUGUUGGACCAGGAGUGACCAGUGUCAAACCAGGUGACAAAGUAAUUCCAUUGUAUACACCUCAAUGUAGAAAAUGCAAGUUCUGUCUGAGCCCGCGCACAAAUUUUUGCACAAAACUCAGUCGUGUCAAAAAUCCUAUUGCUGAUCAAGAACUAAUGGAAGACAAAACCAGCAGGUUUACCUGCAAAGGAAAACCAGUUUUCCAUUUCAUGGGGACGAGUACCUUCUCUCAGUACACUGUAGUAUCAGAUAUUAACCUUGCCAAAAUAGAUGAUGAUGCAAAUUUAGAAAAAGUUUGUUUGCUUGGAUGUGGGUUUUCAACUGGCUAUGGAGCUGCAAUCAAUACUGCCAAGGUGACCCCUGGCUCUACUUGUGCUGUUUUUGGCCUGGGAGGUGUCGGUCUGUCUGCUGUAAUAGGUUGCAAAGUAGCAGGAGCUUCCAGAAUCAUAGCCGUUGACAUCAACAGGGACAAGUUUACAAAGGCCAAAGCCCUUGGAGCCACUGACUGCCUCAGUCCUAGCGACCUCCACAAACCUGUCCAGGAGGUUAUCGUUGAAAUGACCGAUGGACGUGUGGAUUUUGCCCUGGAUUGCGCAGGUGGAUCUGAAGCCAUGAAAGCAGCUCUGGAGUGUACAACAGUAGGCUGGGGAUCAUGUACUCUCAUUGGAGUUGCCAUUGAUGACAAAGGAUUGACUGUUUCUCUAAUGGAUCUACUAACUGGCCGUACUAUCAAUGGAACUUUAUUUGGUGGUUGGAAAGGUAUAGAUUCUAUCCCGAAGUUGAUUACUGACUACAAGAAUAAGAAAUUCAAUCUGGAUGCAUUGGUGACCCAUACCCUGCCUUUUGACAAAAUCAAUGAGGCUUUUGACCUAAUGUACCAAGGAAAAAGCAUUCGAACAGUCUUGCUCUUUUGAAGAUGCCAGGCACAAUUUGUUAUACUAUCUGACUGA